AAAUGCAGAAUCUGACUGAAUUUGCGGGCAAUGCAACUUCCCACAAAAGUCUGUCUGUGAUCAUCAAGGUGUGUGUGGUUAUCCCCUUCUUCUGCGUCUUCCUCUGCUGCAUUAUUGUCAUGCUGCACAUAUUUGCAUCUCACAAGCAGUUCCUGGACACCUCACGUUACAUCCUGUUUGCCUACAUGCUGAUCAAUGACACUCUCCAGCUCUUGUCCUCUGUGCUGCUCUUCCUCUUUGUCAUGGGCCAGGUGAAAUUUGCUAUUGUAUACUGUAUUCCUCUGCUGUUCCUGUCCACUGCCACUUUCCAGAACACACCUUUAAUCCUGGCCACCAUGUCACUGGAGCGAUAUGUUGCCAUCUUGUAUCCCCUGCAGCGGCCGGCCGCCUGGCGCUCAGACCGUAUCUGGAUCAUUAUUCUGUCCCUGUGGCUCAUCAGCUGUAUCUUCCCCAUGAUUCACUACUCCAUUGGGAAAAGAGAUCCUGCUGUAGAUAUCCUCUCUACCUCUGUACUUUGCAAAUCUAUCGUUGUCAACAAAUCUCCAAUCCAGGCAUUGUUCCAAGCUACUGUAAAUAUUCUCUUCUUUGCAGUAGUGGCUGUUAUCAUCCUCUUUACAUACGUGAGAAUCCUGCUGGAAACCAGGAAGCUGAGACAGGAUAAAGUGUCUGUGAGCAAAGCCAUGCACACUGUGCUGCUCCACGGCUUUCAGCUGCUGCUGUGCAUGUUGGCCUUCACUCUCCCCAUUACUGAAAAUCUCAUAGUGCUGCAUGUCAACUGGCUGCCAGAGGACAUUGCCUUUUUUAAUUAUUUCUGUUUCAUCCUUAUUCCACGCUUUCUAAGCCCGCUCAUCUACGGCUUUAGAGAUAAGAGUGUCAGGGGCUGCAUCGAGAAAACAUUUCUCUGCUUCUCAAACAAAGUCAUACCCGGUGGGAGAGGCAAGCUGCAGGACAACGUGACUGCUUCCUGA